AUGUCUUUUAAUGGUCUAUAUCGGGCUUUGAGUAAUCCAGUGUGGCGGAAGUUAGUGAACUUGAAAAUUGCUUCGAACAAGCCUACAAGACGUGGAUGUCGUGCUGGUUUUAACAAGGUGAGAAGUAUCAAAUCGAUUAUUAGCAGCCGAACCAUAGGGAAUUUCUAUAACACUGGACAAUCUAUGCGAAAUACGACAACUGAAUUCGUGUACUACGAACAGUCCACUCAAUCAAGCGUUUCCUCUGUUUUGUCACUGCCGUAUUAUCAUAAUAUGACUAGCGUUCAAAAAGGUGUAAAUCUGAAGAAUCUUAUUUAUAUUAAAUGCCAAAGCCAAAACAUUAACCGUGAACAGGGAGUUUCUCUGCAGUUUGUCCCAAGCCUAAUGCUGACGAACGUUAUGUCUUUGGCUCCUAAGAUUGACGAAAUUAGUUCCUUUGUUAAGCAAGCGGACUUUGACUUGUUAUGUAUCACAGAAACGUGGCUACGCAACACUAUAUCUGACAAUAUAAUCCAAAUUCCUGAUUACAAUGUAGUACGUAAAGACCGUGAAAAUAGUUCACAUGGCGGAGUUUGUGUCUUUGUCCACCAAAAUAUUCAUUUUAAGCAUUUAGUCGAGAUGCAGUCUUCCAAUUUGGAAGUAAUUUGGAUCAAAAUACGACCAAGACGUCUACCGCGGACAAUCUCAUGCAUUAUUGUUGGAACAAUCUACCACCCUCCCAAUUCUAAUAACCAUAUUAUGUCGGAGUAUCUCACUGACUGUCUUUCCUCUUUCGAAGGACAUUUUCCCAACUGUGGUAUCAUAUUGACAGGCGACUUCAAUCAUUUUAACACCUCACCUAUUGUACGACAAUUUAAGCUUAAACAGUUAAUUAAUUUUCCAACUCGGGGGAAUAACACUCUAGAUAAAAUCCUUACAAAUUUGCACUCCUUUUAUAAAGAUGCAAAUCGCCUUUCACCGUUCGGACUUUCGGAUCACUGCACAAUUACAAUUCUCCCAAAAGAAAGAAUUAAAACCAAGUCAGAGCGCAUUAAAGUUUCAGUACGAGAUCUAAGACCAAGCAAAAAGGAUCAACUUGGCCGUUUUCUUUCAGGAGUCGAUUGGUCAGUUAUAUCAACAGAUUCAGUCGACAACCAAGCUGCUUUAUUUAAUGAUUUGAUUCAGCUUGGACUUGACAAUAUCAUGCCUGAGAAAACACGAGUAAUUCAUCAGAACGAUGUUCCAUGGAUGACAAAUCAUCUGAAAGAGUUAAUUGUCAAACGCCAAGCAGCCUGGGCACAAGGAAAUCAAACACUUUUCAAGUUUUAUCGUAACCGGGUCAAUAACUAUCGAAAGCGGUGUAGGCAAGGUUAUUAUAAUUCUAAAAUACGUCAUUUAAAGGACAGUAAACCAAAAAGGUGGUGGAACGAAGUUAAACGCAUUAGUGGUCACACCCCAAUGUCUGAUAACAAAGAUAUAUUAUCCAUCCUUGCACUAGAAAAUAUUAAUAUUAACGAUUUUUCCCAUGAUGAAAUUGCAAACAUUAUAAAUGAUUGUUUUUUGGAUCCACAGCAAUCAUAUGUGCCACUUGAUGAGUCUGAUAAAAUCCA